AUGUUGUUUUCAGAUAAUGGUUCUAACUUUUGUUCUUGUGGUGAUAUGUUGGCUGGAAAAUGGCAUCAUAUAUAUAGAAAAAAUUGUGUUGCUCAUGGGAUUAAUCUGCUUUUGAAAGAUAUUCACAAAAAAGUUAAAUGGGUGAGUGAAGUUAUAGAAGAUGGGAAACUUGGAGUGGAUUAUAUUCACAGGCACACAGGUAUUGUAUCAUUGAUGAGGAAAUUCACCAACAAUAGAGAUAUCAAGCAGCCUUGCAAGACAAGGUUUGGUACUUAUUUUUUUAUGAUGCAGUCUCUUAUUGUUGUUGAGAAUGAGUUGAGGCUUUUUGUUGCAUCAUCUGAGUGGAGAGCCUUUCAAUUCAAUAGAGCUGAAAUGGUAGUGAGAACUGUUGGGAUAAUUCAAUCAGAUACAUUUUGGGAGGGGGCAAAAGAAAUUGUUGCUUUAAUGGAGCCACUUAUUCGUAUUCUUCGCCUUGUUGAUUCAGAUGGUUCUACUGCAGGUUACUUAUAUGAAACAACAGAAAGGGCAAAAGAAAUGUUGAGAAAAUUUGUGGAGAAGGAUGGAGGGAAGUAUUUAGCCAUAAUGGACUUGUUUCAAUUUAGGUUAGAGAAGAACAUUAUUCAUCAUGUUCAUGUCUUUGGUGCACUUUUGAAUCCUUCUAUUAUGUUUGGUAGUCGACUUGAUAUUGAUGGAACUAAAUUUAUGAAUGCACAAGAAUUUAUUAUGGACAUCAUGGUUCCUUUAGAAGAUCGUGAGCAAUUCAUGCAAGAAGUCAUUGAUUAUCGUAUGAAAAGUCCAUUAUUGUUCAAUAUAACAUGGCAGACAAUGAUGAAAACUAACCAUCCAAGGAUUUGGUGGCAAUUUGUUGGUAGUACAUUUCCUGUGCUUCAAAAUAUUGCUUGUAGAAUCUUGAGCCAACCUUAUAGUUCCUCUCCUUGUGAGCGUAAUUGGAGUGCUUGGGAUGCAGCACAAACAAAGAAAAGAAAUAGAUCAGCCCCAGAGAUGCUAGAAGAUUUGGUGUACAUCAGGAUGAACUCUAUGAUGAGGGAGAACUAUGAAAGCCAACUACAUAAAGAUUCAAGGCCUAUUGAUUUAGAUAAUCUUGGUGACUUACCUAUAGUAGACUUUGAGCUUGAAAUGGAGAGGCUUGAGCAGAUGUACGAGGAACCUGAACCAUCUGACACUGGAGCUGAUGGAGGAUCUACUUCAUGUAGUUUAAUGUCUCCUCAUUGA